AUGUCUUGGCAAUCCUACGUCGAUGAUCACCUCAUGUGUGCCCUUCCGCACGGAGGGACGUUGAAGGCGGCUGCACUUUAUGGUCUGGAGGAUGGUACCUGUUGGGCGCAGAGCGCUGCAAUGCCUGCGGUGACUAAAACGCAGUUCGACGCUAUUGUGGACGCGUUCGACAACCCACAGACGCCGCUUGCGUCAAAUGGUCUAUUUCUGGGUACAGAGAAGUUCAUGAUGGUGGCAGGUGACCCUGGCAAUGUCGUUCGUGGCAGAAACGGCGAAGACAAGGCAAAGGGCCGGAAAGCCGGUGGUUGCUGCAUCAAGAAGACUGGCAGUGCGUUGGUCUUCGGCAUUUUCGAAGAGCCUGCAACGGCAGGUGACACGAAUGUGGUUGUUGAGAACAUGGGCGAUUACCUCAUCGGCCAGGGUUACUAG